AUGGGCGCAACGAAUAGCUUAGAAAGCUCGGGGGAAAAAUUCGAUCCAAGGCUGGUCAUUGGUCCGACUCAAGUCUGUGGGCUCUUGAGUGCCGUACUAUUCGGUUGCCUUGCUUGCCAGUCCUACGUGUAUUUCACAAGAUUCAAAAGUGAUCACUUCGUCCUCAAAGUAAUUGUAUCUGCUGUCACCUUGCUUCAGCUGGGCCACUUCGUCUGCAUAAUAUCAACAUUAUGGACAAUGACUGUCAACAGUUAUUGUGACCCCUCUCAACUCAUGGCGCUUCACGUAGCAGUAGACCUGGCUAUUUCAUUCAGCGGAUUCACGGCAUUCAUCGUGCAGGCAAGUAAUUUCUGGCUUGUAACGGCGACCUCAACGACGGACCUCGUGACUUUUGGAGACCUUCAAUUUUUACUCAUUGCGAUUCUUUUCAUCGUAUUUGAUUCUUGUAUGGCUAUGGCUUACAAAGUGUUUGCGUUAAUGAUUCAUCAGUUUAAUGGCCAUUGUAUUGGCAACAUGGUUGUGGGGAACUUCUUGUUAGCCUCGUUAAAUCGGCGGUUACUCCUUCGCGAGAGUUGGGGGGCUCCAAGAGGUAGUGCCCGGAGUUGUGGUGGUAUAAACACGAUUGUCUUCAAAGCCGGAGCUAUGCAAUCACAAGCAGACCCACUGGAGAACUCCAGGAACCUCGACGUUGAAAUGUUCCAGGCAGAAGGCCCAGCCGACGAAGAAUACGGGCAGGUUUAA